AUGGAUGAAAAACAACCAGAGGAGAAUGGAGAUGCGUUACAGGGGAAAAAGGAGGAUGAAGAAGAGAUGGAGGUUACCAUGACGACACCUCUGGAAAAUCUCAGUGUUAACCCUGAAAAAACAGAAAAGUCAUCAGAUUCACCGACAGAUCCAGAGAGAUCAGAGGGCGUCGGAACAGACUCAAGAGCAGCGGUGACUUUUUUAAACAAAGAGGGUAAAACUGAGGAGUGUGAUGAUGAAGAUUCAGAGGAUUCAGACAGGUAUACACACACACACACACACACACACACACCAGUCUGUAUUUGAGAGUCCUGAGCAGGAAGCGUCACAGGAGUGUGUAAAACUUACCCCACUGUCAUCCUUCUUUCCCCUCAGUGACAGCUCCUCUUCCUCCUCUUCUUCCUCAUCCUCCUCCUCUUCUUCAUCAUCAUCUUCUAAUUUUGCUCGGAUGUUGGGAGAGGAUGACGAUGACGAGGGUUUCAGCCAACCAGCUCCUGUCAAGACCAGAGAUGAGGUCCUGCUGGAGGUCAGUCUGUCAGUCUUCUCAUAUUAAAGUUAGACAGGACCCUCUGUUUCAUAAAAAUGACGACAUCGGUGCAAGUAGCACGAUGUGAAAUUUUCAUUCACAUUCAGUCUGUGCACACCAGUAGUCAAAUAAAUACAUGAUAUGCAGAUUAAAUCAUAUUAAAUAACCUCGAUCUGAAAAUCAAUCAAAGUAAAUAUGAUGGUAGUUUUUGCCAUAAUCAAGCAGCUGGAUUAAAAUGAAAUGAGACGUAUCGGUGUGUUUCUAGGAGCUGCCUGCAGUGGAGGAGCUGUGUGUAUCCUUACCAGAAGAUGUGGAGCUGCAGCCCAUAGGAACCGUCUCCAGUAUCCUUCAGCAACUUGGUAAAUAUUCACUCUGAGGCUGGACAACAAAAAUGAGGGUUUCAUGGUUAAUCACAGUUUGAGUACGCACAAUAAACACAACUCUGAAACGUCAAUAACUUCUACCAUCAUCGAUUCUGUAAAGAGCUGGAAAACUUCUUUUUUGUCUCCCUGUGUCUGUAGUUAUUAUUCAGUCUCUAAAGGACACGCCCCCCCUGAAUGACGACAGCAUCAUCUUUAGGUCUGAUAGGGUGGCAGUGGGUAAGGUGAGUCAACCAGCAGAGUACAUAAAGAACCUCAAACCUGAAUGUAAACUAACAAAUCCGUGUUUGUUUGACUUUGGUUUCAGGUGUUUGAGGUGUUCGGUCCGGUGUCCAGUCCGCUCUACAUUCUGCGUUUCAACUCUGCGGAUCAGAUCAUUAACAAAGGGCUGACAGAGGGGCUCACUCUUUACUACACGCCGAGCAUGAAAGAAUACACAGCGUACAUCCUGACUCAGCAGCUCAAACUGUGAGUACUCGCUGUAGUGGGGAACAGUGUCAAGUGGGCUGUAAGAGUGUAGAAGAACAAUAAGAGACACCAACAAGUCAGAACUCAACUCGAAAUGAAGAUGUGACAGAAGUGCAGCAUGAGCGACCCGACAGACCGCCCAGUGUAGAAUUUGCUCUCUUCAGAACCAGCUUUUCACACAUGGUUAAAGCCAACAGAGCUGUCCACCAACUCUAAUGAAGCUCCUCAGAAACUGCAGUUGAUUGAAAUGACCUUUUUCUUCUUCAGUUUGAAGGGGUCUGAUGCAUCCUGGAAGAACGACCAAGAACCACCCCCUGAGGUAAGCAGCAUCAGACUAACCCCCAAUUUUCACCGCAUCCAGAACGGCUCAGAUCCGGAAUUCCUACUGGCUCCAUUUGUGAGGAGAAUUUCGUGGCUGAUUACAGACAGAGGUUAUCCUGAAAACUCACAAGAACUCGCAGAUUCACGUUCAAUCACACGAUAACGAGUUGUCUCUCUAAAGACAGACACAUAGACAUAUAAGCAGUAGAUUGUGUCCUUCCAGAGGAGGAAAUCUACUUCUAGACUUCUAGAAUCAGCAUCUCCUCAUCCAUGGUGUCAUCGGGGUGAAAUGACGUCUAAAAACCUUUCACUUGUUCGUCUCCGCCCGUUUGCAUGGUGUGAAAUACGAUCCUCCUGAAACACGGAGUGUUUUAUUUUGAAAAGAAGCCGGAUGUUUUAUUUUGUGUCUGUGCCCGACUUCCUUUCCAGCACGGGUUAAUCUGUGCUGAAUUUAUCCGCCAUGCUCCGGCGUCCAGAAAAAAUAGAACUCUUGUGAUCAGCUGAGGAGUCCGGCGAUGAGGAACGGAAAGAAGUCGGUGUAAAUUGACACGUUAACUUGAAUGGUUACGAUCAGCUACGAUCGGAGGAUACGACCUUUUAGGAGACGAUCAGGAUGAAGGUGGAAACUGGGAGUGAUGCUCAGACUUUGUUCAAAUAGAGCAACAGCACAUGAAACAUACUCAGUGACUUUGUUAUUUUAGGAACCGAACCCGACGUCUCCACUCACUCCGAGAGUUUGCUCUGAUUGCUGAUUCUCUCUCUCUCUGCAGGUUUUAGAUUACAGUGACGACGAGCAGGAGCAGGAAGCUAAGAAGAAAGCCAAAAACACCAAAAAGAAGAGGGACACCAACACAACAGGUGAUCACGCACAAUCACAGACCAUAACAUAAGGGAUAAUGCACGGUGGGCGGGUGGUUAUGUGAAUGUUAAUCCUGACUGGGUGAGCCUACAUCUGGAUUAGACUGGACUGGACUGGUUGGCAGAGGUUAAAUGAGAGCGAACUUUUCCCAUGGAUUGAUUUGAUAUGACAUGUUAUCAGUUUGUCUCUGGGUUAGCACUCACUGUGAGGAAUUAAUAGCCAUUGUCGAAGGGUUUCAACCAAUCAGAGUCAAGUAUUUAACACAGCUGGAUGGUGGGUAAGAAGGAGAGGUAAUUUUUCUUAUUCCUCUGACUUUUCUUUGUCAUAUUUUCCUCUCUAGAUAAACCCGACCACAACACCAACAACACCUCGCAACAGCAGCACGGCGAGAGGGGUUUCCAACCGAGACAUGCAGGGGCUCCAUUCAGGCACCAGAACCCACGCCAUAAACAACCACCUUUCAGACACACACACACUCCACCUAGACACACACACCCGCCGCCCAGUCAAACAAAUGUCCCUCCCAUGUACCUCCCUCCUCCCUGCCCGUACCCCCCUCCACCUCCUCACCCCUUUCUUCCGCCUAACUUCCCUCUGUACCCACCCCCUCCUCCCUCUUUCUUCAACCCCUCCUUCUCCUCUCCUCUGUGGCCUCCUCCUAACUCUCUUCCUUUCUCUAACCUCCCUCCUCCUCCUCCCCCACCCCCACCUCCUCAGUGA